UUGUGUCUCCACUGUUCUGCUGCACCGGUUUGAGGAGCACUGCAAGUUUGCUGUUGUCUGGCGGCAGUAGGAUGUGUAUUGUGGAUGUAUUUUAUUCUUGCUGUAUGAAUGUGAGGCUGUAAUGUGAGAUCUAUUUUGAAUUACACAUAGGAGGUUUUGCGCAAUCUUUCCUGCACUGUUCCUCAAUGUGACUGCCCACGUACAGGACAUAUUUCCUCUCUGUCAUGGUAUCCCAUUACUCCCCUUAAUUUUCUGGCUGACUAUGAAGUAGAUGCAGAGCUCCAUUGGACAUGGAGAUGGUCGACAUUUGGUGGAACACGAUGCUGGAUGUCCUGUUGGGUCAUUGACUAUUCAAACUGCAGGGCAUUGGAUGCAUACUCAACCCACCUGAACAUCCACUGCCAUCCAGUAGUCUGCGAGUUUGAUCUCCAGGAUGACUGUGGUGGUUGCUGGAGAUAAUAUAGAUGAGACGUCCUCCACUCUGCAGGGGCAACCGCAGGACUCGCAGUAUUCCCCCGAGUGCUGCGAGCGGGUGGUCAUCAACAUCUCAGGGCUGCGCUUUGAGACGCAACUCAAGACGCUUGCCCAGUUCCCAGAGACCCUACUAGGCAACCCCAAAAAAAGGAUGCGCUACUUUGACCCUUUAAGGAACGAAUACUUUUUUGACAGAAACCGCCCAAGCUUUGACGCCAUCCUCUACUACUAUCAGUCCGGAGGGAGGUUAAGAAGACCCGUCAAUGUGCCCUUGGAUAUGUUCUCUGAGGAAAUUAAGUUUUAUGAGCUUGGAGAAGAAGCUAUGGAAAAAUUUCGAGAGGAUGAGGGCUUUAUUCGUGAGGAAGAGCGCCCCCUGCCGGAGAAUGAGUUUCAGAGACAGAUUUGGCUGCUGUUUGAGCAUCCCGAGAGCUCAGGACCUGCCAGAGGGAUCGCGAUCGUCUCCGUCAUGGUUAUUCUCAUUUCUAUUGUCAUAUUUUGCCUGGAGACUUUACCAGAGUUGAAAGAGGAUCCGCAUGGACGGCUCCAGGUGAUAGGCAACAGCACGUUCUACUACAAACCAAAUAUUUUUACCGACCCGUUCUUUGUCGUGGAGACGCUCUGCAUCAUUUGGUUUUCUUUUGAGUUGAUUGUCCGUUUUUUCGCUUGCCCAAGUAAACCUGCCUUCUUCAAAAACAUGAUGAACACGAUCGACAUAGUGUCCAUCAUUCCAUAUUUCAUAACGCUUGGAACGGAGUUGGCAGAGGACCCCGACGGUGGAAAGGAGGUGAAGGGCGGAGGAGAGCAGGCCACGUCUCUCGCCAUUCUCAGGGUCAUCCGCUUGGUUCGGGUGUUUCGGAUAUUUAAGCUGUCCAGACACUCCAAGGGGCUUCAGAUCUUGGGCCAGACUCUGAAAGCCAGCAUGCGAGAGCUCGGACUUCUCAUCUUUUUCCUUUUCAUCGGCGUAAUCUUGUUUUCCAGCGCGGUGUAUUUCGCCGAGGCCGAAGAGAAGGAUUCUUUCUUCACAAGUAUCCCAGACGCUUUCUGGUGGGCGGUGGUUUCGAUGACAACCGUGGGGUACGGAGACAUGUACCCUGUUACGAUCGGGGGCAAGAUAGUAGGCUCUCUAUGUGCCAUUGCUGGAGUGCUAACGAUUGCGCUUCCAGUGCCUGUGAUUGUGUCCAAUUUUAACUAUUUCUAUCACAGAGAAACCGAAGGAGACGAACAGGCACAGCUCCUCACAGUGAGCAACCCGAACAUCGCGUCCGAAUCCAACUCCAGUCGUCGCAGCUCGUCUGUCGUCAGCAAGUCAGAAUACAUGGAGAUUGACGACGACCUCAAUAACAGCAUUGAUAAUUUUCGAGAGGCAAACCUGCGAACUGGGAACUGCACGGUGGCGAAUCAGAACUGCGUAAAUAAAGUGAAGCGUCUCACGGAUGUAUAGAUUUCCAGUGUCAAGACUGUACAUAUUGUAGUCUAUUCAUAUAUCAGAAUGCUUCAACUGGGCCUUUGAUAAUGUAUUAUUUCAUUGAGUAUGUUUGAUCGCAAGUCCACAA